AUGAAGCAGCACUUUACUCACGAGAAAGGAAUUAUAAGAUACCCUCUGAGGACCCCGCAACAUGGCUAUAGUUUGAUUAGUUGUGAACUACGUGAUCAAGAAAUCUCAAGUUAUGAUUUUGAAAUGAAGGAGAUUAAUUUACUUUUAAAUUAUAAAAAAGUUUGCUUCCAGAAUAUGCAUUUAAAUGAAAUUGAUGAACAGAAGAAUUUUGAGUCUUUUGCUAAACAACAAGAGUUUAGAGGAAUGCAACAAUCUUAG